GAUAAAGAGCGCCGUCUCUCUCGCGGAGGGAGAUGCAAGAGAGAGUGAGAAAGAAACAGAGAAGAUAUAACACGAGGGACAGAGAGAUGGCGAAAGAACUCACGGGAAAGAUAGAAAGACGAAGAAAGAGAGGGAGAGAGAGAGAGCGCGAGAGACGAGCAGAGAGGAGGAGCGGGAGGAUCACGCGUGCGGUUCCUUCGGUUGUUAGGUCGUUGUUAUACAGGUUCUUAAAGGUCCCGUCGUCGCUCCGUCUCACUCUCGCGCGGCCGCGGUGCGCGCGCAAGCCUCGACCGGCGUCCGCCAGGCGCCGCUGGCGCUGUGGCCGGCCUCGGUCUGCGCGAGCGGGCCGCUCAGUCUAAUUUGAACCGUCGCGCGCGCCCGACGCGGGGCCACCGACGAUCUCUCUCCCUUCCUCCGGUCUCUCGCGACACGCGUGACACGCGAGGCGCCUCGUGUGUGUAUGCCGCGUGCGACACACGCGACCCGAUCACCCGCCGUCGUCGUCGACGAUCCCGCACGGAGGCCGCGCGCGCGACCAUCUCCGCGCGAGAGGAAGCGGUUUCUCGCGCGCGCGCGCGAGAGAGAGAGGGAACUAGGAGCAAAAAGAAGAGAGAAAGGAUCAAAGGGGGAGAGAGGGAGAGAAAAAGUUGCGGAAACAGAGCGUGGAGAAAGCGUGACAACGCGCGAGUGGCAACGUCUCCUAAUUACUCUCGUUCGUCCCUACCUUCGUACAUCUUAUUUGUGAAGCCUCCUUCCGCCUUCGUUAUCGCGAGGGUGGUCCGUUUCGUAAGGCGAAAAGCUGGUACGCGCGCGAGAGUGGUGAGAAUCGGGCCGAAAAGUGUAGUGCGCGAGCGAGCGUGCGGGCGGCCGACCGUACAGUCGAGAGAGGAGCGGUCGUCUCGUGGGUAUAUUUAAAUAGUGUCUCGGUUGGUCAGAGAGGAAGCCGACACUUUCUUCAUCUUCAUCGUCUUCGUCUUCGUCUUCGUCUUCAUAUUCUUGUUCCCGUUUUCGUUGUACUGAGAAUCUUCGUUUCAACGACCGUGUCACGCUCUCUCUCUCCCUCUCUCUCUCUCUCUUUCUCUCUCGCUCGCUUUUCCCGUUUCGGAAUUAUACGCAAUAUCGCGCGAAGGGUUGACUAGACGAUCGCGGACGAUUUUGCAAGACUCAAUGUUGCUGACGGAUCGGAAGGGAUCGACGUUCCUGACGGUCGCGGGUGUUCCCUGCUGCGAGGUCGAUCAGUUCCUUCGUCUGCCUGCGAACGCGAACGAACACGUGGACUAGAGAGAGAGGACUACUCAUCAUCAUUCGGCCGGUUCGUCGACAACUAUCAAGAAGCAGAAGAGAAUCUCCGUCUGACGGAACUCGCGCGGUGAACGCAGUCGACGCGGCCCCCCCGGUUCAAGUCGGAUCGAGAAUGGUCGUGCCGAUCGCGAAUCAUAAUGAUUACGACUUAUGAGAGAUCGAUGUUGGUUGUCGCGUCCGCGAUCGUCGCAGCCGCCGGUCGGGAUCAUCUGCGAUAAUACGACACCGCUCCAAAGAGGAGAGAAGGAAGAGAGAAGCGGCCGCAUGGUGCGGCUCGCCACGGCUGCUCCCGCCGGCUUUGAGGAUGAGGAGAAUGGUAUUGCGUAGAAUGAAGAGGAAUAUGGAAGAAACCCCGACGUUCCACUACCGGUGGUACAACACCUCGUGAGGAGCCUGAAUCCGGGAAGGAGAAGCUAACGACCACCGAUUUAGCCAUUUGGCGAGCGGGCCGAGACCGUGAAUCAGGUCACCGUAGGUGACUAGUCGCGAGGGGGGGGAAGCAACGAGGAAGAUUGAGGAACAGGACUCGGUUAACAUAGGAUCUCGCCGGAGUACUCGCGGCAGCGAAAGGGGACACGCUCCCCGAGUACGAGGAGGAGGAGGAGGAGGAGGAGGGGGCGAGAAGCAGCGCGUGCCUCUGUGCGAGUCGGGGUGACCGAGGUGUCGACCUCACCCCCGAUCACACCGCCAACCAGGUUGGAUGAUGUGGGCGCCUCUGCUUUUGGCCGGGUUCUUAAGCGGCUGGUGGGGCGCACUGGCGCUCGCUGCGGCACCCCCCGCCAUUCGGGACACCCUUGGGAAAACGUCCGGGGCGACGACGGGCAUCACCGAGGCGAGGUAUUAUCGUCCGCUGUCGAUAAGCGUACGGGUGGACGAGGAGGUCAAAGUUGGCCAAGUCACGGGGCACCGGUCGCAAGAGAUUCUCGGCUACCCGGAACACUCGUCGUCCAAAGUUCGUCCUGCUCGUCGCGACCUCGACGAGGUCUCGCCCGUUGAUUGGAGCCUGGUGAAUCUCAGAGAAGACGCCUUCAGAAAUGGAGAACGAUCUACGAGGAACGACGUGCGACAGAUCUCGUAUUACUUCGCGACACGUGGCGCAACGUCGCCCGAGGUGGGUCCUGGAGCUCAGCGGAGCUCGGGAUCCGCGCCGAAUCCCGAGCGAUCGGAAGCGGACCUCGCGAACGACGUGCUCUCCGCCGUCGAGACGCCGUCGGAAACGCGCGUACGCGCCUUUCAUCCAGAGGUAAACGAGUCCGAUCUGACUCGUGCGCCCCGUCACUCCUCGACGCACGCACCCCUUGCGUAUCCACCGACGGAGUCGUCGAUGCAGCGGCCGCGAGUCGCCAGAUCGGCGAAGCAACGACCAAAGAACCGCACCAGGGCGGACUCGCCGCGCGAACAGCGGCGCCGUUGCAGGAACAAGGACAGGGGCUGCCGCGGUCAGAAUUGGUGUCCCGAUGUUGACGUGGGCAAUCGGGCCUACCUGGCGCCCACCGUGUUCGAGGGCAAGGCUCGCAGUAUGUCCUCGCGGAGGAAGCCCGGCCUGAACUACGCGGUGACCUUCGAGGUGAAGCAGGUAUACAAGAGCCAGCCGGGCUUCCAGCCGCUGCAGAAGAACGACAGCGUGCGGCUGCACUUCCGCGACAAAUUGGUGCCUGGCAAGUCGACCGUGUGCAACGGCCACGAUGCUGGCAACAAGCAGCAGCAACAGCAGCGCGAUAAUCCGAGUGGUGUGGUGCGAGCCAAUAUUAAAAGGGGCAAAGUGUAUCUAGUGUUUGUGAAUCGCGUGGGACCCAGGAACUUCACGAUCCUCGGCGAGCCGGUGAUUCGAAACAAGAAGAACGAACAGGUCGUCCAAGCUGUCGUUCGACCGGAUUACGUGCGAGAAGUUACGUUGUCCGAACUCAGGGACUCGAUAGCGAGGUUACGGGAGAAAGUGAAGCUAGUAUGCAGGACGAGGGGCUCGCCGCCCCCAAGAGUGCACUGGCUGAAGGACGGUGUACCGCUGCACCCCCGAAGAGGCCUCAGGAUUCAGCACAAACGGCGGAGAUCGAAAGUCGUGAUAUCCUCCGCGAAGCCUGAGGACAGUGGCAGAUACGAAUGCGUGGCUGAGAGUACUUCCGGUCAUCGGGCCUCACUUGCGGCCAAACUUCUAGUCGAUCAUGAUACCAGAAUUCCGGAAACAACGACAGCGGCGUGGCCGCGGCAGGAGCAGCCCUGUCCAAUAGCAGGAGACUUUUGCAUGAACGGUGGUACCUGCCUAUUUUUCGAGACUGUCGGUGAACCGGCAUGCAAAUGCGCGGAGGGCUUCACGGGUCUGCGGUGCGAGACGAAGGACGUCAGCAGCACCGGAAAUAUGGAUAAGUUUUCUUCGUUCGCCGAAGACGUGACGCUCGCCCGCUUCUAGCGCAUCUAGCGGCACUGUCAAGCUUGCACAUCGGGACAUUCAUCGUGUUUUGUUUUGUUGUAGCCUCACCCAUCCGCCCGCCCCUCGCUCCCUAUUCCCAUACAGAUUCCAGCAUCCGCGACUUCGCCCCCCAUGCUCUUCUCGGGCUCUCCUCCUGGAGCGCGCUCUCCCGCGCUUCCACCCUUCAUCAUAUUACUAUCAUCCACCGAUUCGCGUAAUCGCCUCGAGCACUCGACGCUGCUCGCCCACCGACAUUUUUUUCCAAUUUCGCUCACCCGAACCGUCUUCCUUCUAUCCAUCAUUCUUCUAUUUUAUCUUCUUUCUCUACCGUUUCGUCCACUGUCCACCGUCAUCCUCUCGACAUCGAUUUGCUUCGAGACGACGACGACGGCAGCAACCAGCGGAAAAUAUCAUCGUUUUUCAAAGGAGAGCCUCAGGAGACGAAGCGAGCCGCCGACCAACGUCAUCCUCACACACACCGCAUCCUGGACCGUCGUGAGUCGAAAUUUCGCCAGCUAACCCCCGCGCAAGCCGUCGCGCUGAGCCGUCGCGCUGAGCGUACCUUUUCGCAAGACAAAAAGAACCGUAGGAGGUGUGGCGGAAAGUUUUAACUCUGUGUCCGGCGCUCUUCCUGGACUUCGCGACAAAGACUAUCGCAUCGAGUACUCGCACGUUGCCCAGAGGAAACCAACCCCUUCCACAGACGGGAUUAAAAAACUUUCAACGACGCACCUUGCCACCUCAUCUGCAAGAAAACUUCGUUCCUCCGUUCGACGGGAAGAAAUCAUGAGACACGAUAACCGCGCAAAUGAACAUAGAAGAGAGUAUAUUACGAACUCGCUUACUAUUUAUAAUCCAUUCCACUCUGGUUGUUUCCGCGGAGACAUUAUGAUAGUUAGCUUCUUAUGAAUCGUACAUACUCAUUGAUUAAAGAUACAUUUCUAAUUUUAUAUCAAUGAUAUUCCAAGAUAAUUAUUGAAAGUUACCAUCAAAUAUGUAUUUUCUAUUACAUUAGUCUUCUCGGUCAUCAAAUACGUUAUUAGUAACAUUCCAAUACAUUUAACGACUUCGAAUAUUCUUUUCUAUAAGCAUAUAUUUUAGCUUAGAUAUUUCUUAGUAAUUAUCCAAGUAGCAUAUGUUGAUUCAUAUGCAUUACAUUUUAUAUACGUUUCCUAAACGUAUCUAAUGUUUUAUAAUCGCGCGUUUGGAAAACGUAUGUAAAAUUAAUCGUGUUGCUACAUGAUUUUAAAAAAAUUAAUAAGACAGUGAUUUUCAACUUUAGAAAAAAAAAGAUGGUAACAAUACACAAGCAAGUUCGCAAACUUCUUUGCUACUCUCUUCGCUGAAUAAUGCAUCUUAUUCGGUGGUAUAACCGAAUCGAUUUAAACGUCGAAAUAUCGAGGAACGAAAGUGUCCUUCUGAUUUCUGGUAGGACAGAAGGAGAACAGUGUCAAAGGUUCUCGUAACGCUCGUUUCUGCCUGGGUUUGUGAGAGGAGAACGAAAUAAGAGAGGAAAGCCGUCGUAAAACCAUACCAUAGGGCACGCUCAGAUCGACGUAGUACGACGGGGAUAUGUCGUGAUAUCAUUUUACGGGAUUGCAGGAAGAGGGACUCGUGAGGAUGAUCCCGAGUAGCGUAAUAGGAUUUUCGGGAUCAGAGCUUUACGCAGGAAGGAUUGCGGUAUCUUUCGGGCACCAAAUAACGCAUAACGCGAAAUUUCCAGCUUUCAGGAUGUAGCUUCAAUUAGGAAAAUGUCCUAUGAUUACGUAAGCCAUUUCAGCGAGAUUUUAACUAUGACCUGACUUGGUUGAUAAACGCAAAACAAAAUAACUAAUCUCAUACUGUUAAUUAUCAUGUCGUUCGCAUAAAGAUAAACUGAGAUUUAAAUAAACGUUCGAUAUCUUUAAUUCAAAUGAAUCAUGCUUUUAUUCUUUUUAUUAUUUUUAUCUUGCGUCUUGUAAUAUUUUUCUUAAAAUUGUUUUCAUUUUUUUCUGUUAUAUUAAAUUUUUAGUUCAAAACGUUAAUGUCAAAUUUUUUAAAUUUAUAUGAGUAACGUUAUAUACACUUUCUCCAACACUUACUAUUUAAUUUAUAAACAGUACUUUCUCUGCGAACUUCGAUUACAGUUUGUAUAAUUUAUACGGAAAAAUACUGAAGUGUUUGUUACAUAACAACGAACGUUCUUUCAUUAUUUCUGUCACAUAUUUUCUUCUCAUUUUAAUUAUUUAAAAUUUUUAAUUAUGUUUCAACAUUUUGAUUACAUUUUAAUCUCUCAAUAAUCUCUUUUAAUUUAUCUUUCUUAGCUGCGCUGCGUUAAUUUUGGGAUUUAAAUAUAGCAAAUUGAGUCUUUGAAAGUAAAUACUAAAAUCGCGAAGAUAUUAAGGUUCCUGGCUCAUAAAAGUACCAGAACGACCAGUCGAAAAAUUUGUAUACAGCCCGGAAGAUAUACGUCGCAAACCGUUUUGUAUGCUAAGAGAGGACCUACCCAACCGCAAAAAGACGCUCUGCGACUCCCGAAGAGAUUUCGCCGAAAAGAAAUCCAGCCUCAACGAUGCGUUCAGGGCGCUCCUAUUGUACAAAGAAAUCCCUCGUACCCUCUUUUUAGGCGUCCAGCGCAAUGCGUCGACUCUCAAACGAUCGAAACACCGAGGGGGACUCCAUUCGUCGAUUCAUCUUUUCCGUUUUCCGCUCGCGGAAAGAACGCCGGAAGUCGAGUAACGAAAGAUGACGACGACGACAAAACUAUACGAGAACGUCGUUUCUACUGCGUUUUCCGAUCUCAACGCAAUUACGUCGUUACUAUUCGACGAUGAAAUCAGAUGUACUUUAAUUAACGAAGCUCGUAAUUAACGUUGGUACAAGAGUAACUUCCGCGGUCAAAGAAAACAAUUGUGUUUUCUUUAUACCGCAGCAAAUCGUAAUAGAAAAUAAGAAAGGAGUAAAAAUAAAAAUGUCAUUUUGAAUUACGAUAAUUAUGACUUCAUACAUUAAUUAUGACUCAUAUUGUUUAACUUUGUAGAUAAACGUGGUGUAUUAUUAAAUUAAUGCAAAAAACCUAAUUGGAUAUUUAAAAAAUCUUAAUUUAUAAAUCUGAAAUCCCUUUUUAAAUUCUCUGAUGGUUUCUUUUUAUAAAAACUUAUCAAAUAAAAUACAUUCCUUCCAUAUAAAUGAAUUAACAUUCUUAAUUCCCACUUUCAACGAUCAAUUUAUUAUUAUAACACAAUCCAAUUUACUUCGUUUUUAUUAUUUAAAAGUUAUCAAUGUAUGUAAACUGUUCCGAAACUUUAUUAAACGUUUCGAUAUUUCGGGAAAAAUUUAGGAAGACAUUUUCCAUAAAGCCAAAAUCUAUUUGCUGACGAUAGUCGGCUAGUAUCGAGAAGGGAGGAAGUCUCGCAUUUCCGUCGACGAGAGUGGACGCACGCGCUUACUUUUUAUAUUUUAGGGACACAGUUACGUAUAGAUAGUUUUGUGGGCGAACAAGCGAGCAGAGUGUUCCGAGCCGUUCUCACGCGAUGAGAAGCGGAAAGUACUUUACGACUCUAGCUAUGUAAACCAAAAAAAUAAAAAAUGAAAGACUCUCGAGCGAAAAGAGAGAGAGAUCGUCGUAGCGUAUGAUGUCCGUGCAAGCUUACUAGUGCCGCCGUGCUUUUUCGUUGAAAUCCGUUUCGUCGCUCGUACCUAUCGAACGAUUUGUAUGAAAGUCAUCGUGAGUCAUCGCGAGACCCGCCGUAACGAUCGGUAUUUCGCGACAUCGACGAGCGAGUUACGACAGUGAACAAAGGCUGAUAUUGAACUCUCAUAAAAAAAAGAUGCUAUUUCUAUAUAACUCUAAAUAAUUUUACAAAAAUGAUAAAUCGUUAUAUCAUAUAUCAAUUAUACAAUUAUAUAAAAUAACGUUAAAUUCUUUGAAAUGUUCUAUCUUCGCACAUUUUUAAAACAAAAUAUGAUGAAGAGACGUAAAAAAAUUUUUUUGGAAGAAAUACGUUCCUUCCUUAAUUAGCUAAAAUAAUGAUUAUGUAUAUGUUAAUAAAUAUACUGUUUUAAUUAAUUCGUCAACAUUUAUCGACAUGGCCUCAAUUAAAAUUUUUCGACUCGCUUAACAUCGUGACUCGACUCGAAUGCGCAGCUACCGAGAUGAGACGGCGAGUCCGCGAAUAGUGAACAAAAGAAAGAGUGUAUUUUAUGAUAUUUUACGCAUAAAAAAAAAAUGAAGAGGAACGAUCGUAAAUCGAAAUAUAGCGUUAGUUCAAGGUAAACUUAAGUAAGUAGAGGUGUAUAAAUAAAAUGACAAUUCGAGGCGUGCCGUGUUUUGCGCACGCCUCCUCGCGCGGCGACAACGCCGCGUCGCGAAAUGAACGCGAUUUUACACAUGUAAGGAGAAUCAAUUCUCGGUCCACGAGAAGUGGAUGGGACCGCGAAACGGUGAUUGUGCGCACGUUACGUCCGUCACGUCGCCGAUUAAUUAAUUAACGACGGGACGUUUACCUUUUAUUGUAGCCGGUAUUAGUAACUUCACCGAUGGCGCUUGCGAUUCCUGUAUCCUCUCAAUCGUCGCACGGGCGACGCUCGAUCGCUGAUAACGAUAAUCGUAAAAAGAAAUCUCCGCAAAUCGCAUUCGCGAUUGUAACGGAGACCCCGCAAUGCGAUCGAACGUCGCACGUUCGAUGACGCCCUUUCGCAAAUCUCAAUUAUCGCGAAAUCACCGUUUCGCGAGAACGAUGCCCAAUCACUGGUAUACUAAGCGCUACUGUAAAAUAUUGUAUAUUAUUUCGCGUUGUUUAUUUUUCAAUGUUUUUACUAGAGACGCGUUUCUACGGUAUUUAUGAGGAAUUACCGCAUAAUGUUACUGAAAACGCGGUCCGCGCUGCUCCGCUACACCGUACAGAUUGCGACAAGAGAAGCUGUUUGCCAUUAAGAAUUACAAAUAAUAUAAUAUAAAAAAAGAUGUAAAAGAAUUAAAAAAUUCUUGACAAAUUUAUCGUCGUGCGAUUGUUAUAUGAAAAUAAAUAUUAUUAGCGCUAAAUCAAAAUUACAUUUCGAUAAUUAAUUUUGACAAUUAUUGUCAUCACAAUAAAACUUGAAGACCUUUAGUCAAUUUUUUAAUUCUAAAUUUGAAAUCAAUUUUAAUUAGCGUCACACACAUAGUUUUGCGUACAAAAAAAAUUUAUAAUUUGCACGUAAUUAGCAAUGUAAAAAAGAAUGGUUUCUUUAUGCUCAACCUUUUUCCAACCAGCUUUUCUAAUGAUAAUUUCUGUUUUUCUAAUUUACGUCGCAAGAGAACUUUAAAUAAUUCACGACCCAGCGAACUCCAUUACCAUCAUUGUCCGUUCUCUUACGGUGUUGCAAGCCAGCGAGAUAAACACGUUUGUAAAACUGCAGCGUAUCUCCAGCAGCUUUCGCAGUGUGUGAGCUAAAAAAAACGAAUGCAGAGCAAAACUAGUCUAGGACACAUUUAAAGAGCGUAUGGCUUGGGUGCGGAGAAUUAUUACGAAUGUAAUGUCCGUCUUUGAUGUAAAUAACGUGCUUUUGAAGAGAAACGAAAUAUUUCGAGUAGAAAAUCUUACAAACAUUUAAUUAUACGCGAUCACAUUCGCAAAACAGCGCAACAUUGAGAUCAACAUUUGCAAAAUGUGGAGAAUUCCGCGAAUACUGUUCGAAUUUUCCUAUAGUUUUAUCGAAUGUCAUCAAGUUGGUUAAAAAUGAAAAAAAUUAAAAAAAAAUUUAAAAACAGUCAUUAGUUACCGCGGAAUGUUAUUGUAAUUGCUAAAAUUGACAAAUCGCGAAAAUGUUCAUUGACGUUUCGGAAAAUUUCUGAAAAACUCGUGUUAAUGUAAUCUAUUAUAUAAAUGUAAUUCGCAUAAAUAGAAAAUAAUUGUAAAAAUGGGUCGUUGAAAUUUGAAAACGUUCUUAAACAUGCAACGAAGGUCCGAGAUAUUUUUUACAAUCUCGAAUGCUCGAAAGUGCUAUUUUCUCAAAAGUACCGUGUCUCAAAGACGAGCCAAGCGGACGAGAAUCGGACGUUUGCGUUCCGCGAUAGUCUUUAUAGCAAAAAAGAAAAGACUACGCACUAUUGAUAAUAUGGCUAAUUCUAGCAGCACGAAGUAUUAACGUUAAUAGCGAAAUUAUUAUAAGGGAGACGUAACGGCGAAUUACUAAUAAAGGUAUAGGUCGCCACCGAUGUUUCCCGAAACAACCUCCUUCGACGAAAUGCGCUCGAAACACAAUGGCAGGUAUAAAUGAAAGAAGCGAUACUCUUUUAUUCCUAUGAUUGGCUACUCUUUGAAAAAAGGCCACAUUUAUGAUGAGCGCCUAAUGAGCAGUACAUAAUAAAAAUGUUACGCUGUACUUUAAAGUAUUGAUUUUUUUUCUCUAUGUCAAAGAACGAAUUUCUCAUUUACUAUCUUUAAUUAUUAUGCGAAAUGAGAGACGAUUACAAAUGCAGAUUGAAAUGUAAGGUAUACAAGAAAAAAGAAAAUUAAAUAUCUCUGUAGUCGAAAUAAAUCGAAUUUUUCAAUCUAUUUCGACUACAAAGAUAUUUCAUAUAGAACUCUUCGUUUAAAUAUGAUUAGAUUAUCCUAAAAAAAUAUGGUAGAUAUUAAUCUGGAACGAUGGAAUAAAGAUACGUGAAAAGUAUUGUUAAAUAAGAGAAAAAGUAUUAUUAAAAAAAAGAUACAUUCACAAUUAGGAUAUUUACGAAAUUAAAGCAAUGCUUUUCAAACAUUCGUUAUAUUAAAAAUUCUUAAGACAAAUAACUAAUAACUUUUUGAAAUUUAUUUUAAGAAAUUUUAAUAACUUUUUAAAAUUUAUUUUGUUUUAAGAUUGAUUUCGAAAACUUAUUGUUACACAGAUAUGAAACCUUCAAAGCAUAUGCCAGUUAUUCGAAUAAAAGGCAAAAUUAUUUUCAUUCAUUUAGAUUUGUCAUCAAAUCGAGUGCCAAUUACCGGGCAUCGCGGACAAAUGAUAGUGUGUGUAAAGCACAAAAUAAUUUUCAUUGAAUUUCGUUAUUACCCAAGUGAGGCAGAUAAAAUAUGUUACACUCGGAAUUACGAGUGUGUUUGUAAAAUAUGAUUUAUCUAAGGAAGCCUGACGCUGAACUUUCGCUGAAUUUUUUCCCAAUUGCACAUGGAUUUCGUUUAGGAUGCUUCAAAGAUGAAGCACAACGCGAGGAAUCGUUAGGAAAUGAUUGAGACUAGUAUCAGCAUCGAGAUUUCAUGUGAGAGAAGCUUUACGCUGGAAGACGCUAGCAUUAGAUGAUUAUGAGGCGUCGGCAAGCGAAAAUAUUUUAUUCUAGUCGUAUCUCUCAUGCUUUGACAAGUAAGCAAAUGUAACUUUUGUGUUUAAAAUGUAACAGUCAAUUAUGUUUUAAUAAAAUCUGCCAAGAUUUU